AGACCUGGCCGGGGUCCCGCUCUCCUCCUCCCUCAGCCCCGCCUCCCCGGCCCGCUUAACAUCCCGCGGGCGGCCGCGGGGCCACCAGCGCGUCCCCAGCGCCGUGUCCAUCCCCACCAUGCUGCGGCUGCUGCUGCUCUGCGGGGCCCUGGGCUGCGSGGCGGAGCAGGCGGCCCCGCUCGCCUUCACCAUGCUGCAGCUGACGCGYGUCUACAGGGGCAGUUCGAUGUUCCGGGGGAACGCCAGCCUCAACGGGCAGCUCAGCCACAUCCUGGAGGGGCUGAAUGUCACCCAGGUGCUCCCGCUGGAGCCGCCGGACGCMUGGGCCCGGCGCCAGAGCGACGUGGUCUCCUACCUGGAGACCUUCAGGCAACUGGUACAGCUCUUCAACAAGGAGAGACCCACCAACUUCACCCAGCACCUGUGCUGCCACCUGGGCUGCCGCCUCUUCCCCAACGGCACAGCCCAGAGCUUCUACGAGGUGACCCUCAACCGGACAGCGUUCCUGACCUUCCAUGUCCCCAAUGCCACCUGGCAGCGGCGCUGGCCCGGGGAGCUGCCUGUGGCCACCUUCGCCCAGGAGCAGCUGAUGAAAUACACCAUCACCACRCAGGACCUGCAGCAUUUCCUCAACACCACCUGUGUCAGCCUCCUGCAGGCUCAGAGUGCCAGGACAGGACAAGUCAGCGGCCGGUCACGCGCUCCGCUGGUGCUGGGGCUGAUCCUGGGGAGCCUGGCCCUGCUGGGCAUGGCCCUGGGCAUCUUCCUGUGCACGGGAGGGAGCUGCUAGCCUGGGCACGUCACCUCUGUGUCACCCCAUGGACACGGGGCACGGAGCUGUCACCUUCCCGA